UUUUCUAAUAAAUAUUCCCUUGCAUUCUUUAAAUAACAACACUACACAACACAAAAAGAUAACAUGAAAUUUGCAUCUAUCCUCGCUGUUUCUGCAGCAAUGACCUCCGCUGCUCUUGCCGCCGAUUGGGAAGGCGGUCACAAAGGUGGCGAGUGGGACGGUGGCAAAGGCGCUGGUGAAUGGGAAGGCGGCAAAGGCGGCUGGAAAGGCAAGGAUGACAAUGACUGGGAAGGCGGCAAAGGCGGCUGGAAAGGCAAGGAUGACGAUGACUGGGAAGGCAGCAAAGGUGGCUGGAAAGGCAAGGGCGACGAUGACUGGGAAGGCGGCAAAGGUGGCUGGAAAGGCAAGGGCGACGAUGACUGGGAAGGCAGCAAAGGUGGCUGGAAAGGCAAGGGCGACGAUGACUGGGAAGGCAGCAAAGGUGGCUGGAAAGACAAGGGCGGCGACUGGGACGAUGACAAGGACUGGAAGAAGAAGGACGACGGUUGGCACGGCAAUAUUGAAAAGAUCCGUCCCGCAAUCAAUGCUGGUCUUCCCUUUAUUUCUGCUGAAAACAUUGCGGUCACCAAUAAGCCUCCUGUCGUUGUAGUUACCACCGUUACUACUACUCACACAAAGCCUAUCUUCCCCACUGAGGGCUUGGUUAUUCCUCACCGCUACAAACCCGAAGGCGACUGGGGCCAUGAUGAUGGUGACUGGGGCCACGGUGGUAAGGGUGACUGGAAGAGUGGCCGCGGUAAGGGCGGCUGGGGCAAGGACGAUGACGACUGGGAAGGCGGUCACGGCGGCAAAGGUGGCUGGAAGGGCGGCCGCAAGGGCGGCAAGGGCGGCAAGGGCAAGUACGGCGGCGGCAAGAAGGGUGGCGAUUGGGACGACGAGGACGACGAAGACUGGAAGAGCGGCGGCAAGAAGGGCGGCAAAGGUGGCGACUGGGACGACGAAGACGAUGAUGACUGGAAGGACAAGAAGGGCUUCCACGCCGCAUCCGCUUCCUCUGCUGCCGCUGAUGAAGACAUGUUGGAAGCUGCCUCUGCUGCCUCUGUACCAACUGCCGCACCCUCUGCUUCUGGCUCUGCUGCUGGAACCGCCGCUGGCACUGGUGCUUCUACUGGAUCUGCUGGACCAAGCAGCCGUGUCGCUCAAGCUUCUGCUACAACCAGCUCAAGAGCCUCUGGCAGCAGAUCUUCUUCGGGUGCUUCGUCCACUGGCACACACUCGUCGGCUGCUAGCUCCAAUUUCCGUAUUGCUGGCUCUGCCGUAGCUGGUUUAGCUGGUGUUGCUGCUUGGUUACUCUUCUAAAUCAACCUAUACAACGUUCCUAUACGGCGAGUUGAUCUCAGAACGCCCACAAUAACUUCAGCAAUCACACACACACGCACCACAACAAUAACAAUCCACACAACACAAACAGUAACAACAACAACGACUUAAAACAGCAAACGCAUGCCGUGACAUGCACACACACAUCCUUUC